AUGGCUCUCACAGACGACCACGACGAGUAUGCCAAGCUCGUCCGGGGGAUGAACCCGCCGAGGGUUGUGAUCGACAACGAAGCCUCCGACGACGCAACCGUCAUCCGGGUGGACAGCGUCAACAGCCACGGCACCCUCCUCGCCGUCGUCCAGGUCAUCGCCGACCUCAACCUCGUCAUCCGCAAGGCCUACUUCUCCUCCGACGGCAGCUGGUUCAUGGACGUGUUCAAUGUCACCGACCGUGACGGGAACAAGGUUCUUGACACGCCAACCAUCUCCUACAUCCAGACGACGCUGGAAGCCGAGGAUUGCUACUACCCGGAGGCUCGCAACACGGUGGGCAUCGUGCCGUCGGAGGAGUACACGUCGAUCGAGCUCACGGGGACCGACCGCCCGGGCCUGCUCUCCGAGGUGUGCGCGGUGCUCGCCGGCAUGCAGUGCGCGGUCCGGAGCGCCGAGCUCUGGACGCACAACACGCGCGUCGCGGCCGUCGUGCAGGUCACGGACGCGGCCAAAGCCGCGGGCGGCGCCAUCGAGGACGAGGCCCGCAUCACCGACAUCAGCCGGCGCCUCGACAACCUGCUGCGCGGGCAGAACGGCGUGCGAGCGGCGGCCGCGGCGAGCCUGACGCACAAGGAGCGCCGCCUGCACCAGAUGAUGUUCGAGGACCGGGACUACGGCGCCGCCGGACGGCCGGACCCGCGGACGGAGGUCUCCGUGACGCACUGCGCCGAGCGCGGGUACACCGUGGUGGUGGUCCGGUGCAGGGACCGGCCCAAGCUGCUGUUCGACACCGUCUGCACCAUCACGGACAUGCAGUACGUGGUCCACCACGGCACCGUAAGCUCCGAGCCGGGCGGCGGCGCCUACCAGGAGUACUACAUCAGGCACGUGGACGGCCACCCGGUGAGCUCCGAGGCCGAGCGCCGGCGCGUCGUCCAGUGCCUCGAGGCGGCCGUGGAGCGCCGCACCGCCGACGGGCUGGAGCUGGAGGUCCGCACCGACGACCGCGCCGGCCUGCUCUCCGACGUCACCCGAAUCUUCCGGGAGAACGGGCUGACGAUACGGCGCGCCGAGAUAUCGUCCGAGGACGGGGAGGCCGUGGACACCUUCUACCUGUCGGACCCGCAGGGUCACCCAGUGGAAGCCAAGACGAUCGAGGCCAUCCGCGCGCAGAUCGGCGAGGCCGCGCUGCGGGUAAAGAACAACCCGCUGGCCGACGACGGCGGUUCCAGCUCCGGGGUCGCCGCCGGUUCGACGGCGUUCCUCUUCGGGAACCUCUUCAAGUUCUACCGUCCGUUCCAGAACUUCGGCCUCAUCAAGCUCUACUAG